UUCAUCUUGGCAGCUCUUUCUCAGAGAUUCCCAACUCAGUCUGGCCUCCAGUGGGGCCCCGGAUUUGAAUCUCAGGGAUCUUUCCCACAAUGGCCCUGGGAGCUUGCUGCCUGAAGCAUGGUCAAGGCCUCCCUUCCCCACAUAUGUGCCUCAACCCAUGCACAUUCCAGGCCUGGCUUUGGUUCAGUACUUGGACACAGGACAGAACACAGUGGGGCUGCAGGAUGAGGCUCCACUCUGGCUUCUCAAUCGCAGUCUCUCCAGUCACUCCACUGUUACAGGUCUGAGGGCUGGGUUCCCUCAGAAUCCUCAGCAUCCUCAGAAUCUACCCAGAAUAGGUCUCUGUGGGCCAAAGUCUGUGCUUGUGACAACCACCCCUGCAGAGUUGGAAGCAUGUGGUUCCCAGAAUCUGCUACGAGGAAAAUUGGGGCUUGAAAGAAGAGAUCUUUGAGCAGGGGUGGAGGGUGAAGCUUGAGUCACUCUGGUGACAUCCCCGACAUCAUGGAGGGUAAAUAUGACCCAGAUCCUGCCUUUGGGGGGAACAAUUCCUUAUUCCUCAGCACCUUCAGCAUUCCUGCUCAGCAAUAUUCCGUGGGGGAGUCCCUCCAGGGAUGCUCAUCUCCCUUGGACAAAUCACACACCUUACAGCAGCCCAUGAGUCCCAGCAGGACCACCCUGUACCCCUGUACCCCUGCUGCUCCUCUGAAUUUGGUGCUGCCACCCCUAUUCAGCUCCAACCACAUAGCUUCUUUCUGGCCCCCGGUCACACUCAGCCUCCUCCCUCUUUAGGGGCUUGCCAUUUGCUCUUCUCAUAGCUGUCCCUGCAGCUCAUACUUCACCUCCUUCAGGACUUUACUCCUGGAUCACCUUCUCAUUGAGGCACUCUCCGACCACCCUACCAAAAACAGACCCUACCCCCAACACACCCUAUGCUUUACUUUUCCCUGUGGCAUUAUAUCUAACAUAUCAUAUGUUGUACAUUUUUAAUGUUUUAUUAUCUGUUUCUAUGAGAUAGAGUUGAAGCUCCCCAGAGAAGGGCUGUUUAUCCCCAGUAUUUAGGACAGUGCCUGGCAUGUAUUAGAGGCUCCAGAGAUAUUUAUGGAAUGAGCGAAUGGAAGCUGGAAGGGGUGGAGGAGUUUUAGGGGUCAAAACAGGCAAAAGGCUGGGCCAUAAAGCUCCACUUCAGGUGGCACUCGGGUGCAGGUCUAGGUCUCUGGGUACACUACGAUACACAGUGAGUGUUUUGAAAGGCAUGGGUGCAGCAUUUGGGGAGGUGCCCCUCCUCCACCCUGGUACUCUCAUGGCCUCCAUAGUUUGUGUACCAAGAACAAGUGGGCUCUAACACUCCCUUCUGGAGAGUGACAUUUUUCUCUUGGUCCAUCUUCCUGCUGCUGACUUGGCCUGGGUGAAGCCCAAGCAAGGCUCCACCUGGGGUCAGGGCAUCCUGCCUUGAGGAAAAUGUGCUGUUGGGUGUCAGAGGUGGGGCACAUCCUAUAACCCUCUGUGCUUCCAUUUCAUCCCUAAUAAGGACUGUAACCAGUGGCCGGACCCAGGGCACGGAAUUCCACUGGGCAUGGAAUUCAGAUGUUUCCAGGUGGUGGUGCUGCUGGGAUACGCCAGCACAGAUUCUUCCACCCAUCCAGCAAAUUUACCCACAACCACAUGCUCACCCCCCACGGAGGCCUGGCCUCCUCUGCCACGGGAGCAUGGCUUCCAAGCCUGAAAUGUCACCUCCUCUCUGCAAAUCUCCCUCGAUUCUCCUUGCUCUUAAAAUCCCACUUUCUCUUUGAAGAAGAAAGCUCUGAGUGUGUGAGUGCUGGGGUGGGGACGCUCGGAUGAGAUGAGGGACACUUCAUGCAUUGUCCUUCCUCUCCCUUGUCUCACAGUGUAUUAUGAACCCCCUGCUGAGCAGGACCUGAGGCUAAGCUCAGAUUUGCAUCUUGCCUAGUGCUAGGUAUAAAGUAGAUGCUGCGUAGAUGGCUCUUAGUGAACAAAUAAAUGAGCAAAUCGACCAAUAACUGAAUGAACAAGUUAGCACCACCUGUCUGGUGCCAUUUCUGGUUGGCUUCCCUGAUAUAUAUAUAUAUGGAACGCAAGAAGUCCAUGAUCACAGGUUUGCCAGGAGCUGCAGGGCAAGCAGGGAUGCCUGGACAAGCUGGCCCAGUUGGGCCCAAAGGGGACAAUGGCUCUGUUGGAGAACCUGGACCAAAGGGAGACACUGGGCCAAGUGGACCUCCAGGACCUCCCGGUGUACCUGGUCCAGCUGGAAGAGAAGGUCCCCUGGGGAAGCAGGGGAACACAGGACCUCAGGGCAAGCCAGGCCCAAAAGGAGAAGCUGGGCCCAAAGGAGAAGUAGGUGCCCCAGGCAUGCAGGGCUCGGCAGGGGCAAGAGGCCUCGCAGGCCCUAAGGGAGAGCGAGGUGUCCCUGGUGAGCGUGGAGUCCCUGGAAACGCAGGGGCAGCAGGGUCUGCUGGAGCCAUGGGUCCCCAGGGAAGUCCAGGUGCCAGGGGACCCCCGGGAUUGAAGGGGGACAAAGGCAUUCCUGGAGACAAAGGAGCAAAGGGAGAAAGUGGGCUUCCAGAUGUUGCUUCUCUGAGGCAGCAGGUUGAGGCCUUACAGGGACAAGUACAGCACCUCCAGGCUGCUUUCUCUCAGUAUAAGAAAGUUGAGCUCUUCCCAAAUGGCCAAAGUGUCGGGGAGAAGAUUUUCAAGACAGCAGGCUUCGUCAAACCAUUUACGGAGGCACAGCUGGUGUGCACACAGGCUGGUGGGCAGUUGGCCUCUCCACGCUCUGCCGCUGAGAAUGCCGCCUUGCAACAGCUAGUCGUAGCUAAGAACGAGGCUGCUUUCCUGAGCAUGACUGACUCCAAGACAGAGGGCAAGUUCACCUACCCCACAGGAGAGUCCCUGGUCUAUUCCAACUGGGCCCCAGGGGAGCCCAACGAUGAUGGCGGGUCAGAGGACUGUGUGGAGAUCUUCACCAAUGGCAAGUGGAAUGACAAGGCUUGUGGAGAAAAGCGUCUUGUGGUCUGCGAGUUCUGAGCCAACUGGGGUGGGUGGGGCAGCGCUUGGCCCAGGAGUUUGGCCAGAAGUCAAGGCUUAGACCCUCAUGCUGCCAAUAUCCUAAUAAAAAGGUGACCAUC